CUAUCCGGUACAUCGUGGGAUAAGUUACUUGGAGUCCAUCCGAAAUCGAUCGAUUUGGUGCGGCGACUCCCGCGAGGGCUGUGGAGGCCGCAUAGGAGGCUUCGUGUUCUUGUUUGGAGAUCGGUGUUGGCGUCCAAGGAUCGGGCUUUUGGAGGGCGACCGGGAUCUUGAAUUGGAGCAUGGGUUCGCUUACCAAGGCGCAGGACGUGGUGGCGGAGGAAGAGUGGUCAAGGGAGGUCGUCGUCUACGUGAACGGCGUUCGCAGGGUGUUGCCCGAUGGUUUGGCGCACCUCACCGUCCUUCAAUACCUGAGAGAUGUAGGCCUGACUGGAGCUAAGCUUGGCUGUGGCGAAGGUGGCUGUGGAGCUUGUACAGUGAUGAUUUCUUAUUUUGACGAACAAUCAAAGAGAUCAGUGCACCAUGCGAUAAAUGCAUGCUUGGCUCCAUUAUAUUCUGUCGAAGGAAUGCAUGUAAUAACAGUGGAAGGAAUUGGAAAUAGUCUACGUGGCUUGCAUCCUAUCCAGGAAUCCUUAGCUCAAGCUCAUGGUUCACAAUGUGGCUUUUGCACUCCUGGAUUUGUCAUGUCAAUGUAUGCACUACUAAGAUCAUCUGGUGAACCACCUACUGAAGAGCAGAUUGAAGAAACCCUUGCUGGAAAUUUGUGCCGCUGCACGGGUUAUAGACCAAUUCUUGAUGCUUUUCGUGUCUUUGCUAAAACUGAUGAUUUAUUAUACGCUAAGACAUCUUUGGAAAGCACCUCAGCUGGUGAGUUAAUUUGUCCUUCUAGUGGAAAACCAUGCUCCUGUGGGAAAGGUACAGCUAACAGGAGGGACAACUCAGUUUGUGUCAAGCAAUACAGCCCUGUCUUGUACAACAAAAUUGAUGGGAGUUUGUACUUUGAGAAGGAACUUAUCUUCCCACCAGAGCUUAUUUUAAGGAAAAAUAUGCCUCUGUGUUUGCAUGGUUUUGGUGGAGUUAAGUGGUACAGACCUCUUAAACUUCAGCAUGUAUUAGAUUUGAAGUCACGUUAUCCAGAUGCCAAACUUGUAGUUGGUAAUACUGAAGUAGGUAUCGAGACAAAAUUCAAAAAUUCCCAGUACCAAGUUUUAAUAUCUGUCACACAUGUGCCAGAGCUUAACAUAUUAAGCAUGAAUGAAAAUGGACUUGAGAUCGGUGCUUCUGUUAGGCUAACUCUACUUCAGCAAUUUCUUAGAAAGGUUAUAAUGCAACAUCCUGUUGAAGAAACCUCAUCAUGCAAGGCCAUUCUGAGGCAGCUGAAAUGGUUCGCUGGAAAUCAGAUAAAGAAUGUUGCUUCUGUCGGUGGAAAUAUCUGCACUGCUAGUCCAAUAUCAGACUUGAAUCCACUUUGGAUGGCUGCAGGAGCAAUUAUGCGGAUCAUGAACUGCAAAGGAAAUGUUAGGACCAUACCUGCAAAAGAGUUUUUUCUUGGUUACCGCAAAGUUGAUCUUGCAAAUGAUGAAGUUUUACUCUCAGUUUUUCUACCAUGGACUAGAAGUUUGGAAUUUGUCAAAGAGUUCAAGCAAGCACACCGAAGGGAGGAUGAUAUUGCACUUGUUAAUGCUGGCAUGCGUGUGCUUCUUAAACAAGAUUGUGGAAUCUGGGAAGUUUCUGAUGUUUCCAUUAUUUAUGGAGGGGUUGCCCCAGUUUCCUUAAUUGCAUCAAAAACUCAGAGUUUUCUCAGAAAAAAGAAAUGGGACAAUAACUUGUUGCAGGGUGCACUGAAAAUUUUGCAAGAGGAUAUUGUACUUACAGAAGAUGCACCAGGUGGAAUGAUUGAAUUCCGCAAAUCCCUAAUUUUAAGUUUUUUCUUCAAAUUUUUUUCAUGGGUUACAAAUGAGAUGUAUGAGAAAGGAUCUUUCAGUGAAGGCUUGCAUGGAAAACAUCUAUCAGCCAUACAGGCUUAUUCGAGACCACAAACUAGUGGAAUUCAGAGCUAUGACCUGACAAGACAUGAGACAGCUGUGGGACAACCUGCAAUUCAUCUUUCAUCAAAACUACAGGUUACGGGUGAGGCUGAAUAUAUUGAUGACAUACCACAUCCUCCACAAGCUUUACAUGCUGCUUUAAUAUUGAGUAAAAGGGCUCAUGCACGAAUUUUGUCUAUAGAUGAUGUGAUGGCCAAGUCUUCACCUGGAUUUGUUGGUCUGUUCCUUUACAGAGACAUCCCUGGAAGUAAUAAACUUGGUGUAAUUCUCAAAGACGAGGAACUAUUUGCUUCAGACAUUGUUACUUGUGUUGGACAGAUUGUUGGUGUUGUUGUGGCUGAUACACAUGACAAUGCGAAGAUAGCUUCAAAUAAAGUGCAUAUUGAAUAUGAAGACUUGCCUGCUAUCUUAUCCAUAAGAGAAGCUGUGAGAUCUUGCAGCUUUUAUCCAAACACUGAAAGAUGGCUCAUGAAAGGAGAUGUAGAGUUGUGUUUCAAGUCAGGUGAAUGUGACAAAAUCAUAGAAGGAGAGGUUCAAGUUGGAGGACAAGAGCACUUUUACUUGGAACCAAAUGGCAGUUUGAUUUGGCCAGUCGAUGGUGGAAAUGAAGUUCAUAUGGUUUCCUCUACACAAUGUCCUCAGUAUCACCAAGAAUGUGUUGCUCAUGUACUUGGACUUCCACUUUCAAAAGUUGUUUGCAAGACUAAGCGCAUUGGUGGUGGAUUUGGUGGAAAAGAAUCAAGAUCUGCUUUCAUUGCAGCUGCAGCUUCUGUGCCAUCAUACCUUCUGAGGAGACCUGUGAAAAUUAUAUUAGACAGAGAUACAGACAUGAUGAUAACUGGACAGCGCCAUAGUUUCCUUGGAAAAUACAAGGUUGGAUUUACUACUGCUGGUGAAGUUUUGGCAUUGGAUCUCCAACUCUACAACAAUGGUGGGAAUUCAUUAGAUUUGUCCUGCUCAGUCCUUGAGCGUGCUAUGUUUCAUUCUGACAAUGUUUAUGAUGUUCCAAAUAUGAGAGUUAGAGGACAAGUUUGUUACACCAACUUCCCAAGUAAUACAGCUUUCAGGGGUUUUGGAGGUCCUCAAGGAAUGCUUAUUGCAGAAAAUUGGAUUCAACGAAUUGCCAUGGAGCUACAGAGAAGUCCUGAAGAGAUAAGGGAGCUUAAUUUUCACAAUGAAGGAUCCAUGUUACAUUAUGGUAUGAUACUUCAAUCAUGUACAUUGACUCAGCUGUGGGAUGAAUUGAAGACAUCUUGUGAUUUUGUAAAGGCUCGUGCAAAUGUCAAUCAUUUUAAUCUCCAUAACCGCUGGAGAAAGCGUGGAGUUGCAAUGGUUCCUACCAAGUUUGGUAUCUCCUUUACCACAAAGCAUAUGAACCAGGCUGGUGCUCUUGUGCAAGUUUAUACUGAUGGGACAGUUCUAGUGACACAUGGAGGUGUUGAGAUGGGACAGGGCCUACAUACAAAAGUUGCACAGAUAGCUGCAUCAGCCUUCAACAUUCCCCUUAGUUCUGUAUUUAUCUCAGAUACAAGUACAGAUAAGGUACCUAACGCAUCACCAACAGCAGCUUCUGCAAGCUCUGAUCUAUAUGGUGCUGCAGUUUUAGAUGCUUGUGAGCAAAUAAAGGCACGAAUGCAAUGUAUUGCUACCACAAAGACCCAUUCUUCUUUUGCCGAGUUAGUGCGUGCAUGCUACCUGGAACGCAUAGACCUCUCUGCUCAUGGUUUCUACAUCACCCCUAAUAUUGGCUUCGACUGGAAAGUUGGGAAGGGGACUCCAUUCAACUAUUUCACAUAUGGAGCUGCAUUUGCAGAAGUUGAAAUUGACACACUUACUGGAGAUUUUUACACAAGGGAAGCUGAUAUCAUCAUGGACCUUGGUCAUUCUCUUAAUCCAGCCAUUGAUGUUGGGCAGAUUGAGGGAGCUUUUGUUCAAGGUUUGGGUUGGAUAGCACUUGAAGAGCUAAAAUGGGGAGAUGCAGAUCACAAGUGGAUUAGACCAGGCCACUUGUAUACUUCUGGACCUGGAACUUACAAAAUCCCUACUGCAAAUGAUAUCCCAGUAAAAUUCAAGGUUUCACUUUUGAAGGGUGUUCAAAAUCCUAAAGCAAUCCACUCUUCAAAAGCCGUUGGGGAGCCACCAUUUUUCCUUGCAUCUGCAGUAUUAUUUGCCAUCAAAGAUGCCGUCGUAGCUGCUAGAGCAGAAGAAGGAUAUCAUGAUUGGUUCCCACUCGAUAAUCCAGCUACCCCUGAGAGGAUCAGAAUGGCUUGCAUCGAUGAUUUCACCAAACAAGUUGCGAGUCAUAAUUUCCAUCCGAAACUCAGUGUGUAAUCUCUUUCAUGUUUUCUAUAAAAAAUUGUUGUGAUCAUAAUAAAAAAAAUGUCAGAUGAAAGCAUGAAGGUGAUAUAAACUAUGUGCUAUAUUUCUGUACUGCAAAAUUGACACAAGAAAUGGCAAUAAAGUGCAGUUCCAUGUCAGUGUUGAAGUUUUAUUGUGUA